AUGGGAUAUAAGAUAUAUUCUAACUCUGACUUAGUUCAAACAGUAACAUGGGCAAACUAUGAAUGGUUCGCUUUGAGAAACUCAGUACAACCACAAGCUAGAGAACAAACAGACCAGUACGCAACUAUUGAGAAAAUAAGAAGACUUGACCCUAACGUUCCAGGAGUUUAUGUUAACCUUUCUGGACAAACUGCAGCAGCAGUAACCAAAGUAAAACUGAAACUUAGAGUUCCUUUGUCAUCUUUCCUCAUCUUCAGGUUUUUAAGAUACUUGCCAAACUGGGCAGGAAAAAUUUCUAUCGAACUUACUCCAAGCAAAAAUAACUUAGUCAUUGCACCAACACAAGACCCAUUCACUCUUACAGACGUAAAGGGAGCAAAUCAAACGUCAUUCGCCGAAUUUUGCAAAGACAAAGUUGACUUAGACUUUGGUUUCUCAAACUUCAACACUGAAGUAAACUAUUAUUUCAAUGCUGCUGGAACUGCUUGGGACCCAGUUAAGUUCACAUGCGAAAAGUUUGAAUGCAAGAGAAUAGAAAGCAGACUUGCAGUCUAUAUGUUGGACCCAGAUAUUUCAAAUGCUUUAGCUGCCAAAUAUAUUGCAGUUCCACUUAUGUUCCCUAUACACCAAAUAUCUGUCAAAGACUUUGCAGGUGAAGUUGGAAACCAAAGUGCUGACCCAGGUGCAAGAACAGAUAUUGCUUUAACAACUGCAAUGAAACAUGCAGAUACUAU